AGACGUCGUAACGUAAGCUGUAAAGCUUGACACGGCCCGGAGGCGACUGUAAAAUGAUGGUCACAGAUCUGUGUAGCUGGUGGGAGGGCACUGCUGUUUCUUAAAACACAAUGACGUAAAUUCAGAGGAAAUGGCUUCGUCACAUCAAGGCAAGACUGUCUUCGUCUGCCAUGCCGGAGAAAGCAAGCCGUUUGUACGGCAACUCGUUGAUCGUCUUGAGAACGAUGGCCUGACAAAAGAGGAAAUCUUUUUUGAUGAGAUGUCUUUAGAUCCCGGUGAUGAGUUAGAUAGUAUCAUCAAAGUCAUAGAGAGUCCUUCCCUGAAAUUGUUUGUGUUUGUGGUCAGCAAGUAUUGUUUUGACAACGAAAGAACAUGGAUCCGAGCAGAAUGGGAGGCAGCUUUGACAAACAACAAACAGGUUUUCCCCAUUUGGCUUGACGACAACAAUGAUGAUUUCAAGGCAUUUGGAAACCUCGUCAGGAAGUUUUCCUACAAGCUGAGGAAGCUGAUUGCAGAGAGGGUGAACCCGCAAGAAACUGCGACCGCCCUGCCCAGCCUCUCUGGAAAGAUCUGCUCACUUAUCUGUGGUGAUGAUGAGCCAGCCAAAAAGAGCCCGCCACCCUCACCUGAUGAUGCCGUGCAAACCUCACGACAAAACAUUAUGCCAGAUGUCCUUCCUGCCAAGCUGAAGCUGGAGUUUGUCCAGAAAUCAUACAACCAGCUGCUGGACAAGGCAGAUGCCCUUUUUGACAAAGAGAUUUUCAAGGACGAAGAACGUUUUAAGAAAGCAGAGAAACUAUUUGACAGGUAUAAGACAACAAUUGAGUCCAUUAUCAGGGGCUGCUUCAUCUUCAACUUACGGUUCUUCCAGCCCUGUAACGUAGAUGAGUUUUACCACGACCACUUCCGCCUGGGCCCAGCCAGCCUGUCCGCGGCCCUCACACGUCUCCUGGUCACCGACGAGAUGCGUGCUGCUGCCGGUGGGGAGGAGUUGAUGGUCCGGGUGGAGGUUCGGUAUGACGACUACAUCAGGGUCCGGAGGCAACUCUGCAUGACAGGUCGACAUCGGUGUGACAUCUGCUCAAAAGUCUUCUACACGAACCGUGAGAUGGAGCAACACACGAGAGACAAGCAUGGCAACACACGUUUUGAAGAUCCUAGAAAAGGCUUCAUGGAGAGGGAAAAUCAACUCGAACUGUCUCUGCGCAACUACCAAAAAGAGCUUGCAGAACCAGCCAUCCAGGGAAAGAACACAAUCGUGUGCGCCCCGACUGGCAGUGGCAAAACGAAUGUCGCCAUGUACAUUAUCAAAGAGCACCUGGACGAUCGACUAUCCUUUCCAAGCGCCCAAAGGUUCGACAUUGCAAAAGUCAUAAUCCUCACGCCAGAAAUCACCAUCUUGGAACAGCACUACAGUUCCUUCUGCAGGUACCUGCCGUUCUUCCGCAUAGGCAAGCGCAGCGGGUCGUACGUGACGAAAAGGCCGUUUGAGGAUGUCGUGGAGUCCAAUGACAUCACCGUGGCAACUCCAGAAAUCCUGCUGAACGCGCUCCGUGAGAAGACUGUGAACAUCACAGACUUUUCCCUCAUCGUGUUCGACGAGUGCCACCACACUAGGAAGGAUGUCCCCUACAACAAGAUCAUGGCGGAGUAUCUGAAGAUCAAGCUACACGACCUCCAGGCAAGCCUUCCUCAGAUAGUUGGCCUAUCCGCUAUUCCAUGCGCAGGAGGAAAGCCAGACCUUCCAGGUGCUGAAAAGCACCUGGAGGUCCUCAUCGCCAGCUUGGAUGCAGAGGUCUUGAAAACGGUAGAGGAUCCAGAGAACAUCAAAGAGCUGGAGGAGAAGGUGAACACGCCGAGCAAGCACACACUGGUAACCGGCUCCCGGCCAGACGACCCAUUCAGGGACAUAGUGGAGGGGAUGAUGAAAGCGAUCGAGGAUCAGCUGCCGCGGGACCUACAGCUACAGUACGGCGGACCCAGGGGCGUACAGGAGUACCAGUCUGCUGUGGACCUGGUGAAGAAGCUGGCCACAAUGGGGUGGAACACGGAUGUGGUACAGCAGUGUGACCAUCUGCUGAAUUACAACAAGGCCUUACAGAUGAACAACACAGCACGUAUGAAGGAUGCUAUGAAGAUUCUGACAGAUUUCUAUGAUGAGCUGAAAGGGAGGCGCAGGAUCUCAGCUGCGGAAAACCGGCUGCUGGAUCUCUUCGAAGCAAAAAGAAGACAACUCCUUGCUAUCAGUCAGAUGGAGGAGACGUAUCCCAACCCAAAACUGGUGGAACUGGAGAAGGAAAUCCUGAAUGCCAGAGAGGAGUUUGAGGAUGAAUUGAGAGGUAUUCUCUUCGUAAAGACCCGUGCCCUUACGCAGGCCAUGACCAGCUGGGUGCAGGAGACGCCUGCACUCAGGUUCCUGAACCCAGGAGUCCUGACGGGAUCGUCCGGAGAGGACGUCGGCCGACUGACACACGGCCAGCAGGUCGGCGUCAUCAAGAAGUUCAACGAUGGGGUCCACAAGCUGCUCAUCACCACAAGUAUAGCUGAGGAAGGUCUAGACAUCCGGGACUGCAACAUGGUCAUCAAGUACAACUAUGCAACCAACGAGAUCGCCAUGGUCCAGGCACGCGGGCGCGCACGCGCAGCGGAGGGGAAGGAGCUUGUGAUUGCUGACCUGCAUAUUGCUGAGAAAGACAGGGUGAACGCCCUUACAGUGGAAGUUUCCGAGAAGGCCAUCAGGAAUAUCCAACGUCAACUACACAGCGGCGACCUCCGGAAGAAAAUCAGUCAACUGCAGCUAGACAUGGUUAAAGAUAGGGAAGAAAAGGGAAAGCAACAGGAGAUUAAAAAGAGGAUGUAUAGUGCAUCUGAAAUAAAGCUUUGCUGCAAGGGGUGCCCUAAGGACGACAUGAUCUGUUACGGAAGCGAGUUGAGGUUGUUGGAUCGUCACAACCAUAUCUACCCCUCCCGCCAAUGGGAUAAAGUAGAGUUCCUGGAGCACACUGACAAAAAGAAGCAAGAUUUGGGGAUCCGAAAAGUGUACUGCAAGAAAUGCGGUUUCGACUUCGGCAACACCUACAAGGGGUAUCCCUGUCUGAAAAUCGCUAGCUUUAACAUCGUCCUUCUCGGCGGGGAUAUGGUAACUGCGAAGAAGUGGAAAGACGUGCCGUUUGAAUUGGAGAGUAUGGCAGUCUAA